CACCAUGCUGCACGGGAACGGGUAUACGGUGUAUGGUAAUUAAAGUCCAGCGUCGCUCAAGGCGACUGGUGAAAUGGAAGCUGCGGGGUCUAGCACCAACGUCUGGUCUACCCAGUUGACUCAACCAUCAGCGAUAAUAUCCGCACAUGAUUUGUUCAGCUGUGUGUUAGCUACCAUCUCAAGGUCAUCAGCAUAGACCCUGCACUCAUUUUACGAGACAGAUUCCAAUUUGGUCCCGUUCACUUUAUUGUUCCACUUCCAAUAGCUUGUCCGCCUUGGGAUAUCAUUGAGGAUGGAUCCCACAAAGCGACCAGGCAUCAAUUGGGAGCUCUUGGGCAUCGCCGAACCCAUCGCCGAACCCCCGAUUCCAAACGGACCAACCACCGGAGUAACAUCGUCGAAUCAAAUUCAGGCGCCUCGGCUCGGACACCCCGUUUCGACAUCCGAAAGCUCAGAAGGGGGGGCAAAAGAUUUCAGUCAAAGCGAUUUGCUCGUCUCAUGGCGUAUCAGUGUCACCGAUGAAGACUUUACUGAAACGCGCCGCGAAGAAGUGGCAGGGAACUUCCGGCUCAUCAACGAACAAAAUCGGAACCUAGGAUCAUAUGGAGGCUGUUCAUCCGAUGCUGGAGCCUCAAACUGCAGCUUCCUUAGUAUCGUGCCUGUGCAGGACAUGGGUCAUUCAGAUCACAUUGAUUGGGAGUCAUCAGAGAUGGCGAAUGAUUGUGUUAAGACUCAGGCAUUACGUUCUCAUCACCCUGAACUACGGCCUCAGGACAAUAAUACCAACGAUGAUGCCGAUGUUCAGACCAUGAGCGACGCCAUGUUUGCCGCCAGCAUAACUUCAGCCUCGGAAGAUAAAGGCUUCCUGCCUCUCGAUGCACUCCGCCGCAUCGUAACUCCGACGGCCGUACAAAGGCUUUUGGGGCAUGCAUUCCCUCACUUCAAGCCCAAAGUCAUCAACAGCUGGGUCUCCAGUAUUAGCGGCAAGCCAGAUGAGGUCAAGACCCAGCCACGACGACGAAAGAUAUUUGCUAUCUUGAUUUUGAUGGAGCAAGUGAAGCUGAUUGAAGACUUCAUUAAACACAACAUCGAUGACAGCUUUUUGCCGCUAGAAAUAAAACGGAAUUCGCGUCACAAACCUGUCAUCCAACUUCAAAAGAAGGACGGUACGGUCUUGAGUUGUUUGAAUCAUUGGCGUACCAAGCACAUCAACAAUUUCGUUCAGUGCCAGGAGACAAUUUGCACACCUUUUUUCAGACUUCCAGGCGAUAACGUGCACUACUACGAAAUUACAUCAAAAACAAUCCUACCGUUCCAAGAAUACGACCUAGUUCAAAUUGGCGGCUAUGGGAGCGUUAGAAAAGUCAGAAUCCACCACGCUCAUUACAGCCGCGACACUACAUCCAAGGACCGAGCGAAAGUCCUCCGACAUUUCGCAGUCAAGCAGCUUCAUCUUGAAACUCAUGAAGAGUACGCGAGAGAAGUGGAGCUUUUUGAGAGACUAGGAGUCGGAUCAAGAGGGCCAGACCCUGACCAUUUAAUCCAGCUUCAACUCACCUACAAAUACGGCAAGUCUUACUAUCUGGUCUUUCCUUGGGCAGAUGGUAAUUUGAGGGAAUUUUGGAGCAACACCACCGCCAACCCAGGUAGCAAAGCUGAGACCGUCUGGUUUCUAAGCCAAUGUUUAGGCCUUGUCCGCGCCCUCCGAAGGAUUCAUAAUCUGAGGACCAUGUCCAAAGAAGACAACUACGUCCCUGUUCCUAACGACCCAAAUGUGUUGCUUGACAACAAACACUGGGGUCGGCAUGGCGACAUCAAGCCAGAAAACAUUCUUUGGUUCAAGAAAUACGAAGAGUCGCGUCGCAACUUUCUUGUAAUAUCUGACUUUGGAUUAACUCGAUUCAACACUGCCGAUUCCAGGUCCAAAGUCGCUUAUGACGCAGUCAGGGGUUUCUCGGGAUCUUAUCGGCCUCCCGAUGUGGAUCUGAAGAGAACCAUAUCGCAGAGGUAUGAUAUCUGGUCGCUGGGUUGUGUCUUCCUUGAAUUCGUGUCGUGGUUUCUUGUCGGCCACGAUCGAACGCAAAAAGAUUUUACAGACGCUCGGCUCCAAGAAGAUGGCUUGCAUACUGGAUCGAGGAUUCUUCUUGAAGAUAAGUUCUUCAACUUUAAUCCAAGUAAAGAUGAUGCACCCUCGACAGCUGAAGUGAAGACAUCCGUCACUGAUUGGAUCGAUGACCUACAUCAACAGAAGAGCUGUGCAGCGCCCGUGCAUGAAAUACUGGACCUCAUUCAGUACACAAUGCUUGUGCCAGAUGCUAAAGAAAGAUGGGCUUGCUCGAGGAUACAGCCUGUGAUUACCGAGUUGAUCCGAAAGAGCAAGCGUGACACAGCUUAUGCUACCGGUGGGACUUUUGGCGUGUCCGAUCCAUUGAGAUUUCCCUGUAUAUCUGUGGAACCUCCUGCUGUAUGUGAUCAGCCCGAAAAGAUUUGCCAGAUUAUGACUGACACCGGAGAGGAGGAGGGCAAAAUACCGAGUUUACCUGGCACUCCUGACAAGUCCGGCCGGAGGGAUAGAUCGUUAUCUCUUUCGCCAGCAGCUGCCAUCAGCAGUAGGGAGCAUAAACUAUCCCAAACAAAGGAUCGGGUAAAACGACCACCAGUCAAGCCACCACUGAACCUGCUUCCAUGCUGGCCUCUGAUAGAAAGAGUGUUUCGAGAUCGGCGAGGUUGUCGUCCUUUAGUACAGAAGAUUCCACACAAUCGAUCAUGA